UUCUUCAUCCUGGUGAGCCUUGUCUUCCUCACACAGCUCAUUGGGGCUGUUUUCUUCCUGGUGCACUGGAAACAGAUCCAGCCCGAGGUCUUCCUCUCCGAGCUGCGGAGGAACUACCGCGGGGAUGAGGGCACUGAGGUCUUCUCCACCGCCUGGAACACCCUCAUGGUCACGUUCUCGUGUUGCGGUGUUUUAGGACCCGAAGAUUUUGGGAAUGGCUCCCUCUUCCAGGAGCUGCACCCGGGGACGCCCUGGCCGCGGGCGUGCUGUGCCCGGGCCGGGCUGCUGCAGGCGGGCGAGCUGCGGGGCUGGGAGCAGUGCUGCCAGAGGAGCCCCGGCUUCAUCCACGACCAGGGCUGCUUCUCCACCUUCGGCAGGACCUUGCAGAACUACAUCUCCCUCCCCGGGACCUGCAGCUUGGCCGUGCUGGGCAUCGAGAUCUUUGCCAUGUUCUUUGCCUUUUGCCUUUAUUACAACUUCGACUGA